AUGGCCGUGGGAAAGCGGAAGCGGAACGACCCCGCGGCGGCCUACCUCAGCGACGACCUCGUCAUCGAGAUCCUGGCGCGGCUGCAGGAGAGGCCGCUGCGCCGCUUCAAGUGUGUCUCCCGGACAUGGCGCGAUCUCAUCUCCGGCCCCAUCCACCGCCGCAGGCUCGCGCGCACUGACGCCGCGUCGGGCUUCUUUUACCAUGCCUGCGCCAGCGGCUCCUGGGCGACGAACUUGAGCUUCGCCGCCCUGUGCCCUCCCGAAGGAGGCGGAUGCUUCGAUCAAGCCUUUCCGUUCCUGCCUUACGGGACCCAGGUGAAGCUGCUGGACUCGUGCAACGGGCUCCUCCUCCUACGCUGCUGCCAUGGUGCCUACGACGACGUGGCAGCGCCGCGCUACAUCGUCUGCAACCCCGCCACCCAUGGCUGGGCGGUCGAGCUGCCCGUGCCCUCGCCGGAGCCGACUCGUGACCCCGACCCGAUCGAGCUCCGAUUAGAAGAGAUUAGUCGGCGUCGCCGGGAACGUCCACUCGAGCAACAGUGGAGACAGAGGCCCCCCCGGCCUGCCGCUCUGGCCUUCGACCCGGCUGUCUCCUCGCACUUCCACGUCUUCGAGCUGGUGGAGGACGACGGGCAGCACAGCUCUCAGUACGGCGGCUGCACCAUCAAGGCGGUGCGGAUCUACUCGUCGGAGACCGGCGAGUGGGUUCGCAGGGACAGCGCGUGGAGCUACCGCAUCGCCUACGCCGGCGAGAACGCCUACCUCAGCAGCGAGUGGAGCUACCGCCUCGCCUACGCCGGCAAGCACGCCUACCUCAACGGCUUCCUGCACCUCACCACCACCGACGCCGAGAAGGGCGGGGUGGUGGUGGCGGCGGUGGACACCAUGGGCAAGACGUGGAGGGUGACCCGCGUGUGCCCUGAUCCCCCUGCGACACUCGGCGCCCCCGGCGUCGUCGGCCAGUCGCAGCACCGCCUGCUCUACGUGGAUGCCAGCGGCUCCGGCAACCCUCGUGAACUGUCGGUCUACGCUCUCGAAUACUGCAGCGGCGGCGGCGAGCGGUGGAGCUUGAAGCACCGCACCAGGUCGCUGGAUCCGUCUGGGCAGAUGUGGUUUGGGAAGCGCUACCACAACGUGGUUGCGAUCCAUCCGGGUUGCAAUGUGAUUUUCCUCUUCGAUAGCGGACGGCAGAGCCUGAUCGCCUAUGAUAUGGAUCGUGAGACUACACGGGUUGUACACACUUUCACAGAUGCACCGAGCAACUGCCAUUUUUUCCCGUAUGUACCAUUGUACUUGCAAUAA